AUGGAGGCGAAGAUAAUCUCUAUUGUUGAGUUUGGUGGGUUAGGCAAGACUACUCUUGCUAAAGCUGUGUAUGAGAAUCUUAGUCAGGAUGUCCGUUUCAGGGCUUUUGUUCCUGUUGGCCGGAAUCCAGACUUGAAAUCAGUCUUAAAGGGCAUUCUUAUUGAUCUGGACAAGCAACGUUACACCAAGGAAUUCAAUUUGACUAUAUUGGAUGAGAGGCAGCUAAUAGAUGAACCUCGGGAAUUCCUCAAGGAUAAGAGGUAG